UGGAGGGAAAUGAUCAUAUACAGCAGCUGUAUCGUUAGUUACGAGACAUCCAUCUUUUCCUCGCCUAUGUGUCACAUAUUUACAAAAUCCUAUCCGUAUAAAUUGUAGAGAACGAUCUGAUGAUCGGCUGAUAUGAAAAUCAGGAUGGUCCACGUAUAGAAUGUAUCGUAAUUUAUGAUACAGCUGCUAUAUCUGAUCGUUUCUACAGGAUAAAAGGUCGAUUAUGUCCCCAUCACCCUUGGGAAUUUCGCACUUGUGCUUCUGUAACGAAUCAGCCAUUAUAUGAAAGCACAAGGGUAAAACUGUCCUUUUCCCAAAACCCUCUUGCCAGAUAAUGCAGCAGACGGAGAGAGAUGAAACAAAAACCCUAGCUUUCCUUUCAUGGCUCUCGUCCAUCUCUCCUCCCUCCAUUCCCAAGUCUCGUUCUUCCUUCCAAUCCGACCGUUCAAUCUCCAUCACUCGCGAGGAAAUCAAGCUUCCAUCUCAGCCGUCGAUGGCGCGAACGGAGCGCCACCACCGACAAUACCCAAACGCAGGGGCCGACCGAAGUCAAAGACAACACUCUCAUCUCCUUCCCAAAAGAAAACCAGCCGCUCGAGGAAAAAACCAGAGCCCGAGAGCGAAAAAAUCACAGACGUUGAAGAAGAAGACGAGGAUUUCGACGACGGGAUGGAUUUCCCCUACGAAUAUCCGCCGUUGAUCUGCUGCUUCGGUGCCGCGCAGCGGGAGUUCAUACAGACGGUCAGGAUCUCGGAUCGCCAGAUGGAUCCGGACAAGUACUCGACGUGGAAGGGGCUCCAGUGGAGCCCGCCCGAGUUCGUCCGCGCCCCAGGUGGGCCACCAUCGAACGUUGCGAUCUCGCACGUCCGGCUCGGCGGGCGGGCCGCCUUCAUGGGGAAGGUCGGGGACGAUGAGUUUGGCAACGAGCUGGUUUACGCGAUGAAUUCGGAGAAGGUGCAGACGCGGGCCGUGAAGAUCGAUCCGACGGUGAAGACUGCGAUCUCGUAUCUGAGGAUCGGAUUUGAUGGUGGGAAGAUGAAAGCAGAGACGGUGAAGGAGUGCGCGGAGGAUUCGAUGGCGAGGGAGGAUGUGAAUAUGGCUGUCCUGAAAGAGGCUAGGAUCUUCCACUUCAAUUCAGAAGUCCUCACAUCUCCAUCUAUGCACUCUGCCCUCUUUAGAGCUAUAUCACUGUCGAAGAAAUUCGGGGGGCUCAUAUUUUUCGACUUGAAUUUGCCUUUGCCGCUGUGGAAAUCUCGGGAUGAGACAAGGGAGGUGAUCAAGAAAGCCUGGAACGAGGCAAACAUCAUUGAGGUAACAAGGCAAGAACUAGAAUUCCUUUUAGAUGAGGAUUACUAUGAGAUGAGGAGGAAUUACACACCUCAGUACUACGCAGAGUCCUUCGAUCAAAUGAAGAGGCGGCGUGACUACUACCAUUAUGGUCGGGAAGAGAUUUCAUCACUGUGGCACGACGGGUUGAAGAUCUUGUUUGUGACAGAUGGGACGCUUCGCAUUCAUUAUUACACCCCUUUGUUCGAUGGGGCAGUGGUUGGAACAGAAGAUGUGCUUAUCACCCCAUUUACAUGUGAUAGAACUGGUUCAGGUGAUGCUGUUGUGGCAGGUAUUUUGAGGAAGCUGACAACACAUCCUGAGAUGUAUGAAAAUCAAGAUGUAUUGGAGAGGCAGGUUCGGUUUGCAAUAGCAGCGGGCAUCAUAUCACAGUGGACCAUCGGUGCAGUAAGAGGUUUUCCGACAGAGAGCGCAGCCCAGAAUUUGAAAGAGCAGGUUUACGUACCUUCGAUGUGGUGAUGGUUCUAUAGGGUAUGUGAGAACCAAAAGACGCUUUGUGGGAGUGGAGCUGAUGCAGUACCGAGCAUUGGAUUAUCAUUCAAGAUCGUAGUAGCUGUAUGAUCAGGCUACAGAGGAAAUGAUGGGAUUAUGUUGGUCCUUGAAUUGAUUGGGUGACUUCUAUUGAUCUUGAACAGAAGGAUCGCAAGGCUGGCGAGUAUGAUGGAAUCGUCCCCAAUUUUGUCUUUAGGCUCAUGGGUGGAUGGCAACAGUUCAAUUCGAAGGAAAAAAUGAGAUGGAUUUUUCACAGUUAAGAGUUCCUCACAUUAAUUGCAUUGUGUUAAGAAUCAUUUGAGAUAAUCACAACUGUAAUUUUUUCUUCUUUCAAACAAAUCCAUGGACAUGAUCCUCCUAUUUUCUUUAGUGUCUAUGUAGAGGCUAUGUGAAGGUAAAAUUGAGGAUUUUAGAAGGUAUA